UUCCCCUAUUCUUCUCGCUCCGCUGCUUCAGGCAGGUACAGAAGUUUUGAACAAACAUGGAGUACAAACUCAUCAUGGCGGUCUCCGGCUUCCCGAGUCUCUACGACACAAAUUCACUGACCUACAGGGACCUGAACAUGCGGAGCGACGCUUGGAGGCAGGUCGCGGAGAUCGUCGGGGUUCCCGAGUCUGAAUGCAGAAGGAAGUGGAAGACGCUGAGAGACCAACACAGGAGGGAAAGGCAGCGGGAGAAAGAGAGGCGCGAGAGUGGCAUCGGCCUCUUUAACUACCGGCCGUGGAGAUACUCAUCGAUUUUGUCCUUUUUGAACCCGUUCAUUGAUGCCAGAGCUGCAGGCACCAACGGCUGGGCUCUGGACCCACAGCCCUCUCACUUCCAUGCCUCCGAACUGGUGGGCUGCAGUACGACCACGGAGGUGCGGAGCGAUGACGACGAGAAUUAUGGCAUUGCUGUAGCAGACGCAACAACAACAACAACAACAUCGUCGUCGUCGUCGUCCUACUCAGAGUUCACCCAGAGGAAGCGACCGUCACCUGCCAACGGAGACACCACCAGAUUUAAAGAAGCAAAGACUGAGGAGACCUCAGACACAGUUGCCACAGACGACAGUGUGCAAACACAAGGCCAGCAUGUUCACAUGAAGGAACUGUUUGAGAUGAUGAUGCAUUCAGUUACAACUUUGGCUACGUCCUUAGCUUCGCACUCUUCCUCACAGUCCUCGGAUCAACCGACACCCCCUGCGCUCCUGCAGCCUGACCUGCUGCUGCUCCAGCAACGACAGGCCCACUGCAGCCCGCCGCCAUCCAACGCCACAUCGAGGCUGAACCAGCUGAAAACAGAGGAGCAGGAAGUUGUAAUGAGGGAGUUUUUAGACCAAACGGACGACGAUGAUGUGGAGGAGUUCAGCGAGUCUCCCAGACUUCCUCAAGCCAAGAGGAAGAGCAGCGACAGCCUGCUUGAGGAGUACCUGAGGAGGAUGGAGACAAGGGAUGCUCAGAGAAACCUGGAUCUGGAUCAGAGAGACGAUGUUACCCUCUUCCUGUUGAGCUUGGCUCCCGCCAUGAGAAGACUUUCCGCAGAGAAGCAGUCGUGGAUCAGAACCAAAAUACAGCAGCUUCUUCACGAGGCAGAGUUCGGUGCCGCAAAUUUCCAGUGAUCUCAAACUUUUUUCUGCAGCGUGGAUCAUGUUCUCGAGGACUUCAAUAACAUUUCAAUUCACCAACAGAGAAUUCAUUUAAUCUCCUUUUUAUAAUACGUUAGAUGACGUUCUCCUUUCCUGUGUUUUUGUGCUGUUUUUGAUAAAAU